GUGCCAGUCUGCUCUCGCCCAGUGCUGCAGCUUGUCGGUGACGCUCUGGCUUCGUCGUGACUAGCGUGACCAUACUUCAUGUCAUAUGUGAUUCUGGAGUGUCAACGAGUUGGAUUAUCGAGAGCAUAGUAAAAAGCAAUACACGUUUAUCAUUUACCUGGAAGUAUAGCGCGGAUUUUUGUGAGUUUUCCUCCAACACAGCGAUCUGUAACUAUGUUUUCGUGGAAUAAAGAUGAGCGGAAGAAGAAAACUCUUGAGUUGUGUGAGACAGUCCUGGAAGGAUUGAAAGUCACGUAUAAAUCCAAAAUAAAACCACUGGAAGAGUAUUAUAAAUACCAUGACUUUCAUUCGCCCGCUCUCGAUGAUACAGAUUUUGAUUCGAAACCCAUGAUAUUACUAGUUGGACAAUAUUCAACUGGCAAGACGACUUUCAUCCGCUACCUUCUGGAGAAGGACUUUCCGGGGAUCAGGAUCGGCCCAGAACCCACAACGGACAGUUUCAUUGCCGUCUCCUACAACCAUACCGAGGGCAUCAUUCCAGGCAAUGCUCUCGUCGUGGAUCCAAAGCGGCCGUUUAAAGCUCUUUCAAAGUACGGCAACACUUUUCUAAACCGUUUUCAGUGUUCACAACUCAAUUCCAGUGUGUUGAAAGGUAUCACAAUCAUCGACACUCCUGGAAUCUUAUCUGGUGAGAAACAACGACUGGACAGAGGGUACGACUUCCAUAGCGUCCUGGAAUGGUUUGCCGAGAGAGUUGAUCGGAUCAUUCUGCUUUUUGAUGCCCACAAACUUGACAUCUCAGAUGAAUUUCGUCAUUUUCUCGAACGAUUGCGGGGUCAGCAUGACAAAAUUCGGAUAGUUUUGAACAAAGCUGACAUGAUUGAUCACCAACAACUGAUGCGAGUGUACGGAGCCCUCAUGUGGUCUCUUGGCAAGAUUCUCAACACACCUGAAGUUGAGAGGGUCUUCGUGGGGUCGUUUUGGAAUCAACCGCUCCGAUUUGACAUAAAUAGAAAGUGA